AUGCUUCUCCCCAUCCGCCGCCUGAAGCGGACCUCCCUCCUCCACAUAUAUCUGCUCUUCCUCGACCUAGACGCCUAUCUCAUCAUCCGCAACCGCCCUGUCACCAAGUACCCGGCCAGCAUCCCCUCCCGGCACCCCGGCAAUGAGACUUUCUUCAUCGCCAGCAUCCACCGGAAUAACGGGGCCCUCCUAGCCCAUCCUAUAUCCUCCAACGUACUCAAGCCCAUCGACUACCUCGGCCCCGACCGCGUGCACUUCUCCGCCGUCGAGUCCGGCUCCAAGGACGACACCAAAGCCAGGCUCUCCUCCCUCCAGAAGCAGCUUAACGCAAAGGGCGUCUCAAACACCAUCAUCCUCGGCAAGACAGCCCCAGAACAGCUCGCCGAGAUCCACGACCGGCCUCCGCCGUCCUCCGGCUUCGGCCCGCCGCCGCCCGGAUGGACAUGGAACCCCCACGAGAACCAAUUCGACAUGCGCCGCGUCACAUACCUCGCCCGCGAGCGCAACCGCGCCAUGGCGCCCCUGGCCGAGCUCCUCGCCUCGCAGGACAGGAGGUUUGACAAGGUCAUCUGGCUCAACGACGUCGUCUUCGAGACGCGCGAGGUGCACAUGCUUCUGGGCACCCGCGGGGGCGCCUACGCCGCCGCGUGCGCCAUGGACUUCAUCCUCUGGCCGUAUUACUACGACACCUUUGCGCUGCGCGAUGACGCGGGCCUAAAGACGGCGUCAUGGUACUGGCAGUGGUUUCAUAGCUCGCGAGCGCGGGCGUCUGCGCAGGCGAUGGAGCCCGUGGAGGUGAAAUCGUGCUGGAAUGGCAUGGUCGUGUUCGACGCGGCGCCGUUUUAUGACGAGGGACUGCGGUUCCGCGGUGUCGAGGACAGUCUUGCGGCGAUGCAUCUGGAGGGGUCGGAGUGUUGUUUGAUCCAUGCGGAUAACCCUCUCAGUCGCGAGAGAGGGGUAUGGCUGAACCCCAAUGUGCGCGUGGGGUACAACGAGAAGGUGUUUGAGCAGACGAAGAUGGACCGGUUCCCGACGCCGUGGGCUGCGGUGGUUGGAUUCUGGGCGAAUAGGUAUCUGAGGGUGCGAAAUGGUAUCCAGCUUACGUUGGAGCGGUGGGCAGUCGAGAAGAAGUUGCGGCAGUGGGUUGAUGAGACGCCGCCGAGUGAGUUGCCGCGAAGUGAGCCGGGGGAAAUGUGUCUCAUCAACGAGAUGCAGAUCAUGUGGGAGAACGGGUGGAAGCAUAUAUAG